AUGAGACCACAAGCCCGGAGACGUAUUGUCUCUGAUGACGAGGCUGAAGUCUCCCCUCAUCUGUCUCUUUCCGAGCCUGUUGUUACUCCAGUUAUCAUUCCUGAUAAUGACAUCUCUCCUCACGACACUCGUGAGUCUAUCAAUCAAUUUUUUGUUAGCGGUUUUGGUGGUGGAAACUUAGGACCUGUAGCGCGUGAUUCCCAGUUGGAAGAAAACAAAUGGAAGGAACAGUUUGACAGCGCUCAAAUCGAGAUGGAGGAUUUACAAAAGAGAAGAAGUACCUUAGAACAGCAAGUACAAGCAUUAACUUCGGAGCUGGCGAUCAUCAAGGCUUCAUCGAGUCAGGCAGAGAAGGAAAGAGAGCGCCUUGAGUCUUCAUUUUCCGAACAGUUAUCCAAGGCCAGUGAAGAGAUCAGGGCGUUGAAGGAUCUUUUGAAUCAAAAAGAAAUUUAUGCCGGGGAACUGGUUCAGAAUUUAACUAAGACACAGGAGGAUCUUCGAGCCUCUGUUGAUAAGGUUCAUGCUUUGGAGAGUUCUCAUACCACCCUUCAAUCUUCUUAUAGUUCUGUCUUGGCUGAGAAUGAGGUCGCUGCUUGGGAGAGGGAUUAUGAAAUCCUUGAAGAGAAAACUGAUGUUGAGAUAAGUUGGGCAUUCUUAAAUUCACGUCGUGACACCUUACUGGAAAUGGGACAAGAAAGCUUCAACCUGGAAUCAGAAUUAGCCAAGGUGAAUGAAACCAUUGAACGAGCUCAACAAACACAAGAUUUUUCAUCUCCCGAGGUUGAAGCUCCCGUGAUUGAAACUCCCGUGGCUGAAACUCCGUUGUUGAAGUUCCUGUGA